AUGGUCUGUCUUCUGGCAUUUGCGCUCAGCAGUCUCUUCGGAGUGACCAGUGCCUUCUUUCCCCCUCACCCUCAUUUCGGCCAUCCAGCUCACCAUGUAGGACCUCCAUUCCUGCCACCUCAUACGCCGCCAAUGGGUCACCCGUUUGCUCAUCAUAUCAGAAAGGGAAUGUUCCCUCCUGGCCCUCACCCUGGUCAACUGCCAGGCCCACAUCCCGGCAUGUUUUUGAAGCCGCACCCUUUAAUGCCGCAGGUGGGUCACAGCGGUUACCUUCCACUUACACACCCAGCAAUGUCGAAGGCUGCGUUGCAUCACCAAUUGCAGAAGUCUCAAUUGGCGCCAUCGAUUUCCGGUCAAAUGCUCUCAACUCUUAACCACGCGGAGAAAAAAAGGCGGAAAGUACUGGUUAUACGACGGAUGAUGUCAGGUGGUUUAUCAGGAACUCCGGUAUCUACCGGGGAGUUUUUGUCGCGUCCAGCUAUUGGAGGCCCAGGCGCCGGAAGUGGCCCUAGUGUCGGUGGACCUGGUGGACAAGUUAUGUCGGGUGCUCAUUUAUUUGGCAACCAAGGUCGCGGGGAUUUCGUUGGUGGGCAAAGUAUAGUAAUUGAAGGACCGCUUGCUGAUCAGAUACGCGGUGGGCAAUUUCCGGACAGGCCUAUAGAUUUUGGCCGCGGUCAAGGACCCGUUGGGCCGGGCUCUGGUGGUGGCGGAUCGCGCGGACGCCGCCCUGAUGCCGUGGGACCAAGUGUUGGCAGUGCCGGAAAUUUUGGACCUGGUCCAAGCGCUGGUAUACCAACCGAUUUUGGACCUGGUUCAAGUGGUAGUGGUGCAGGACAUUUUGGACCUGGUUCAAGCGCUGGUGGACCAACCGAUUUCGGACCUGGUUCAAGUGGUGGUGGAGCCGGACAUUUCGGAGGGGUUCAGAGCGUUGGUGGACCAACCGAUUUUGGACCUGGUUCAAGUGGUGUUGGAGCCGGAAAUUUCGGAGGUGGUCAAAGCAUUGGUGGACUAACCGAUUUUGGACCUGGUUCAAGUGGUGGUGGAGCCAGACAUUUCGGAGGUGGUCAAAGCGUUGGUGGACCAAUUAACCCUGGACCUGGUUCAAGUGGAAAUGGUGCCGGAAACUUCGGACAAGGUCAAGGGUGGUUUAUUGACGUCGCAAGUGGAAGUGGAGGGGGACAUAUGGACUCCGGGCAAGGACAAAUUGGUGGUGGUGGCGGAGGUGGAUUCCCAAGAGACUUUGGGCACAACAACAACAACAACAACAACAACAAUAAUAAUAAUGGAGGAGGUCAUAGAGGGAUUGGACGAGGUGGUGAUGCAUUCGGUGCUCCACGUUUGAGGGAGGUUGUCGACUCAAAUAAUCGAGUUCCAAUUCCAGGAAAUACUGGGGAAACUAAUAUUGAACCAACUGGAUUAGUGGGAGCGGGUGCUGGGAGCUGGGCAGGGCAUGCUAGUGCAAGUACUCAGCAAAACGGAGAAGCAGCGACAGCAAAAUUAAUCGGGCCCGGUCUUGACGCACACGCGGCUAGUCUACCGCAUUUUGAUGCCCCUAUACCUAAUGGAAAUGGAGAUGUCGUAAUAAUUGAUGGUUUCGGACAGUUCCAACCCAACGUUGGCGCUAAAUCCGGGACCGGGUCUGCGGCGAAUGGCGCAUAUGACUUACAUGUGCCUACACAUUCCGCCGAUGUCGAUGUCUUGACAUUAGACAACGCGGCUUAUGCCAAGUUGGAACAAGCGCUUGCUUCCGGACAAGAAAUCAGUCCGUCUUUUUUAGAUCAAAUUAUUCGCGGCAGUAGCACGUCAACUUUGGCCGCAGGGGCUCAAAGCGCUCCAAAUACCGCUAGUGCUGCGAUACCCGAAAUAUUCGUAAUUGACGGCACAACUGGUCAGCCUGUUAAGGCGUCGGCAUCAGCCGCCGCCGCUCCCGCAACCGCUGCAGAGGUAGCGACUCAGAUUGACAUAUCGGAAUCCUCACAGUCGUCGUCUACGAAAACGACCAAAACAUCCAGUAGCAAGACAGAGGUUGCUAUUGGUGGCCAUGACGCACCGCCACAGGCUGCAGCGCAUCACGAUGCAGUGCCACACGGCGGUCACGGACCGGUCGGCGUUGUCGGCGCUCCCGUCGGCUCGAUUGAAGUCCAGCCCAACGACGUCAUAGGGGUUUUCAGCAUGCCGGAUCAACAUGGUUUCCCACAUGUUCCUGCAAGCGUUUCGAGCAUCCCCGCGUCAAUAGGAAAACGCAUUGGAGGCCGUUCUGCGAACAGGAACAAAAACAAUACAUCUAACAGGAGCAAUAGCAACAGUAACAGCAAUAGCAAUAGCCAUAAAUAGCACAUCGACUUCGGAAGGCCCUACGACGCAUAGUUGUCAACAUUAUUAACGACUGCUCUUACAACAUCGAUGGUUAACACACAGUCUCACGUUAGUCCGAAGAAAAGGCCUGGCCAAUGCCAACGAAGAUACAAUAUUGUUACCAAGGAGAAUGAAGAUACAAAAUUGCUACCGAUGAGAAAGAACAUAAAUUAUUGUUACCAAGGAAAUUGUGUCAGUAUGCGCCAGGAAUCACAGAAUUAUAAUGAGAUUUGUUUACACCAGUUUUUUUUCUGCAAAAACGUUCGUGUCGUCUACCGGUGGACAUUAUGCAUGACUUGUACAUGUGUUACUUUAAAAUGGUUUACCUAAAACAAUUUAUAUUCGUAUAGAUGGUUAUUAAAGUAAUUGAAAAUUCGAAUAUAUAAAUAUAAUCGUAUAGAUUAAUUGCCAUGAUUUCAAUACAUGUGAACAAGAUCUAAUUAAUAUUUAUGAAUAAGCCUGCUACAAACAAAUAAUGAACACGUGCGACAAUAUACAUGAAUAUGCAGCACAGUCUAUUAAAAAAGAAUAUGCACAUACAUAGGCCCUACAAGUUAAGUUAACCUACAAGAAUAUGCACAUACAUAGGCCUUACAAGUUAAGUUAACCUACAAACAGACCCGAAUCAUCAUGGAAUUCCAUUCCAAUAACUCUCGAGUUCUUCUGCGGCUACAUUCCAAUAACUCUUCUGCGGCUAUCUUACGAUACCAAUAACUCUCGAGUUCUUCUGUGGCUAUCUUACGAUUCUAAUAACUCUCGCGUUCUUCUGCGGCUACCUUACGAUACCCUCUUAAAAAUACAUGGCAACUGUUUUACUCACAGGUUUAACAUCAAUGCACAAAUAAUUGUUGGUUUGUAAACAGUUUUAAAUUUCGAAAAUGAUAAAUAAUAGUCGCUGAAACACAUAUUUAAUUGAUAGAACUAAAUUGUGCACUAAGCGCCUGAUGAUACAGCAAGCUUGAAACUCAUCUAUGGGAUUAUCAAUAAAAGUGUAACGAUUACUUGACUUGCAUUUCUUAUAUGUAUUUAUUCCAUGAUUUUAAAAUAUUUUGAAUAUUGUGAACAUGUAUUAUAUGUGUGUAUUUAUAUGCAUCAUUUGUAUAAUUAGUAUUAUUCUUUAAGACGUUUGUCCAUUUACAAACUUAGUAUAUAAUCAAGUCCAGACGUGUUAAACAGUGUUUGAGAGGGUAUGAAUUGUGAACCAGUGCUAUUAUUGUGCAGUUGAUGUAUUUUAUUGUUCUUGUUAAACGAAAACUUGAAUUAGUCGAUGUUUGCAUGUUUGAAUGUUGAAUGACAAACGUUAGGGUUUGCAUUUGAUUCCUUUUUACCAAGUAUACCCGAAU